CUGGUUUCAGUUCUAGUCAGUCUCCUCAGGGCUUUGGCGCAGGCUCUUGUCGUCGUGCGCAAGAUGCGUCUUUUCUGCCUUCGCUCGUCCAUUGCGGGGAUUUGUGGAUUGUAAAUGACAAUGUGACGCCCUCCGUGUGAGGAGCGGGAGGCCUCGCCGUCAGCCGGGGCGGCGCGUCUAAUAACGGGGGAAGAAACCGCAGGAAUCAUCUGAAGUGGGUCUCUGGACUAUGGUGCCAUACAAGUAUCCUGUAUAAAGAUGGAUGGCCGUGAAUUUGUAAAUAUGCCACCCUUGGGGUUGUCGGGUCUGACCCUGGACGCUGGGCGUAUUUCGACUAGAAAUACUGGUGGGCGCCUUAUGCCAUCUACAGGGCAGUUGCCACCAUUCUGCACAGCAAAGUGUUACCCGUCGCCUCUAGGACUGCAUUCACAGUCAGGCUUUCCCCAUCUGUCCAGAAGUGUCUAUCAUUCCUAUAUUCCAGUGAGUCACCUGGAGCCCAGUGGUGGUGUUACCCCAUUGUUAACACGUAUGGGACAACAUAGUGUGAUUGACCCUCAGAAAGAUGGAUAUUGCUAUGUCGGUCAACAGUCAGCAUAUUAUCCACAGACAUCAGCUUUAAAGACAUCAGCUAACCAGCAACACAGCUUGCAUGAAAAUGAUCCGGUGUGUCAUUCAUUUAAGAAUUCCAAAGAGACUUCCAAAGACUCUAAGGAAAAAGUUUUCAGAAGUGAAAUCUUGCUUACGCCUUCCUUUCUGAGCACAGCCAAAAAAGAUAGGAGGUUUUCAGAAGAGACACAUUCUGUUGACUUAAGUGACCGUGAGCUGGACAGUAAAGCUGAAAAGGAGAGGAAGAAAAUCGGCCUUUAUAGGGUACCUAAACAGGGGCAACAUCACUCGUCUUUUAUGUCAUCUGAGUUUAUGCCAAACCGCUGGUCGGGAAACAUUGAAACAAAGUCCAAACAUCUACAGACCUCUCUUCUGAGUAAUCAUGGGUGUAAUAAACAACCAAGUAGACAUGAGGAGAAUGUAAGGCCUUUGUGCCACACAAACUCAACUCAAAAUAAACUUGGGGAUUCUGUUGUGUCACAACAAAAAAAUUUGACUACACAAUGCACAUGUCCGUCCUCUCACCCUGUAAACUUUUUCUGUAAAGUAGCCUCCACAUCGCCCAAUUCUACACAGCCUCUCCACUCUUCCAUGUACAGCAUCGCCCAACAAUCCAAGGAACGUACCAAUGACAUAAAAACGUUAGCACCAAAUUUUGUGUCGACUAUCGAAACUUCUGAUGAACACCGAGACCAUGUUAAAGUUGGUUCUCAAGCAGGUAAUCUGAAUGGCAAAGAAUUGAGGAGGCCUGAAGAAAAGGCACAGUUUUCUCAUUCUCUUGGUCCUCAGGAAUUUUCAGUAAAUGAAACAAAACGUGAGGUAACCCGAGAGCAAGGAUCUGUAAUCUGUUGUAAUUCCUCCCUAAAAGGCCAAGGUGUAUCCGACUCUUUCUUGAACAAUCAUGACCACGUACCUACAGAGAAAAAGAUCUUUUCUUCUAGUGCCGAGCCUAUCCAUCGUGCGCAGGAAGACUGUGUCAAAGAGACAUGCAAGAUGUCUGGAUUAAUUGAUUUUCAUCGACAAAACCCAGGGAAUAACUUUGUAAAGCACCCGGAAGAGAAACCUAUACAAUUUGAAAACAAAUCGCAGAUACCUGUUUUAGCGACACAACACUCCCAAAUCCCUGAGGAAGAGGAAGGAUCUAAAAAUGUGGGUUCUAGAAAAAACAACAUGGAAUCCAAACCUCCAUCCGGCCAUUGUGAGCGCUCUGCCAUGCAGAAUCUUCUUAAGUAUAGUGGAAACUUUGAGAAGGAGACGACUGCUUGGCAAAGUAGCGGCAAAAAGAGUCCUUUUGGUGGUCUUGGCAACAUGAGGUUGGAUGAGGCUUCGUUAAAAGAUGCUAAAGUCCAUGGUUUGUCACAGGCAGAGGUCAAAAGAGAUCCUGAUACACCCGAUAGUGCCAAAACAGUGGCUAAAGAUUCCUUAAGCUUUCAGGGGGAAAUGGAAGUCAGGAAUCCACCAGUUGGCAUAGCUGUGGCUGUGGCUCGACAAAAGGACAGUGGUGGAAAUAAAAUGCUCUCCUCUAAAGGUCACACAAGGGAGGAGAGUGUGGAUGAAAGGAUCCGACAUUGCAAUGAGAGAUUGCUGUUGGAGAGACUUGACAGGGAGCAUGCAAAGCUUCUUCGAGAAAACAAAGAACUUGCUGAUCUCUCUCAGAUGCACUCGUCGGGAUGUGCGGCCAUUGGAUUGAGCCCUAACCUGAUGGUAACUGGAGGGACUGCACUGUCCAGACCUUGGGUUCCAGACUCCACUUCACAUUUGGCUGCACAUCCCUGGUUAUCUAGUGGAAUUAUGCCUUGUAUGUGGCAUGCUGAUCACCCCUAUGGUUUAGCUCAUCCCACUCUUCAUGAGGGAAUAAACCCUUCAAUUCCACCAGGAAUAGCUGCAUCAUUGCCAUCCGCUUACAGUUUUGCAAGAGAACCCCGCAGUGGACAAAUUGUGGUCAUUCCAGCCGAACAUAUAUCACAUUUUGCAGAAUUACUGGACCUGACGUCUCCCCUCUGGCCUUCCAUGUAUUCUUCGGCACAUACUCCGAUGCAGCACGCACACCAGCUUCAGCUGUUCUCUCAGCAGCAUUUAAUGCGACAACAUGAACUAUAUAUGUUACUGCAACAGGAAGCCGCACAUUCUACAAAUCUACAUAGGGGCGCACACCUAGAUGGUGCUGAGCCACCGAGAACUGAACAGCCAGAUCUUCUAGAUUUACAGAGAAAUGUUGACAUCUUGGAACUACAGAGAACUGCUCAACUGGAAGCGAAAGAAUUCCAAAGGAAAACCCAGCACCAGACCCAAGAAUGUCACAGAAAUGAACGGCGUCUGAUAAAACAAGGGCAAGAAAAAGUUGUGCGUCUGUCUCCACAUUUGUAUAAGGAAAGCUCUCUGUGCAGCUCGCCAUCCGACUCCUGCAGUAAAGGGUUCGGCUCUUCGCCUCUCCAUCUCAACUCCUUCUCUGCAACAAACAAAUUGGAGGAGGAGUCCGAUAAGCGCGCCUCCGAGGAGCCAUCGUUCAGCAGCGUGACACCUGCCUCAGCGUUACCAGCAAAAGUAGAAGUUAUUGUGGGGUCUGUGAAAGAUGCAGACAUGAUGGAGGGCGACGCGUCUCCACUUCAAGAUCCCGCACAUGGAUACUCCAUGCAGUGUCUCUCGCCCUCGGUGCAGCACCAGCUCUCUUAUGUGACUCAAUCAACAAAAGUUGAAAAUGCAGACAGGCUUGUUUCUGAAUCAAAGGCUUGUCACAUUGAAGCCCCCUUGAACCUUAAAUCCGUCCAUGUAUCUGAGGAACUCGAGGCUGCGGAAUCGCCGACUGACGCAAUUAAAACGGAAAAUGUACCAAUCGUUGCAAGUUGUAAGAUCUCUAAUGCCCGAGACGUUUGUACAGCGCCGGUGGAAUGCCAACAUUUUUUGUUUCCAGAAACAGAACCUCCAAAUGUAGGUGAGAUAGAAAAUGAAGGAGAAAUGGAAAGUCUUUCCCCUUGCAUUUCUGAAAUUAAUCUCUGCUUUGGAAAAGGAACAUGUUCAACUCAGACAGACUUCAACACGUUCGAGUCUCAAAAUAAUGAAAUUGAUUUGGUAACAAAACCUCAAGACGUUGAGCGAUCCCCCAGAACAGACGAAGUACAGGAUUUAAGUAUGAUGACUAGACGAGCAUGCGCAGGCAGUGCACCUUCUGGACCUGCUACCUGUAAGGAGGAGGACAUGUCUUCUCAACCGUCUGAUGUCCGAUUCAUUAAUGACCCACUGGCUGGGAUGAAUGUGUUAAUUGCCGCAUCGGAAAUGCCUCAAGCUUACUGUCUGCCGCCCAGAGGCAGCUCAGUCCUCGUGCCUGAUAUAGCAGCGGACGGCUCACUAUUCCAAGGAAUUGUGCUGCUGAGUGAAAUGGCUGAGACCGAGCUCGAGAGAAGAACGCAGACGGACAAUUUGCAGAGCUGCCACAUUAGACCUUCCCUUGAAAGCCUGUUGGCUGCUAGCUCUCAAAUGUUAAUGGAGGUGCUUUCUUCACCAACUUUGGAUCGCCUGAAAGCCGAAUCUAUUAAACUUCCGCGAGAACUAACCCCGAAUAAAAAAUAUAGCUGGAAACUGGACGCAAGCGCACAGCAUUUUUCAAUCGCGUCUGCCCUUGAGGACAUGGACUCGGUGGAGCUGGACUGUAGGGUAAGACUUGCCGAGCUGCAGAGACGAUACAAAGAAAAGCAAAAGGAGCUGGCAAAGCUACAGAGGAAGAGGGACUCUGAAGAAAAAUCUGAUGAGAAAAUGAAGACCUUAAUAAGAAGGGGUCCUGGUCGACCGAAGAAGAGGAAACAUGCAAUACAACCUCCUUUUCAUCACCAAGAAAGGAUGAAAAACAGUAACAACAGGAAGCUUAGCAAGUGUAUUUUACUCUCUGAGAAGACUAAGGCGGGUGACUGUCUACAAACGACACUACUCAACAUAUCAGAAGCUGAGGAGUUGGCGAAUGAAAGAAAAAGUGGAAUAGAUGAUUGGGGGGAUCACAGCAGUGCAUCGAGUUACUUGCAUGAGUUCACAGACCAUUGUCGAGAAAAGCAGAGAAAUGUAAGAAGCAGAAGAAGAAAAUCUGAUUUCCGGCAGAUGCAUAGAAUUCAGCUUUCCCGGAUUGUUUCCAAAGAAGAUACAGACUCGGAAGAUGACGACAACAUAAUAAGAAAUGAGUGGCUGUCCCAACCCAAACCAUUGCAUUACAGCAUGUGCAAUAUGCUGACACAAAAAAUGAAGACCCUUGGAAGAUCCCCGUCGCCUCAUCACAUGUCUUCAUUCUAUAGGACUCCCAAACCUAAGCAGACACACAGAAAUAGACACCUCUGUUUACUGCUACCUGAUCAAGAGGCCGAGUCUUCUUUCAGUGAUUCAACGGAGGACUCAAUGGACCAAGAUGUUAGCUCUGAAGACGAGGAAGAUUAUAUCCGCUAUGAUCUCCAUCGCCUGCCUUGUCCGUAUGUAGAAGAUAGCGGGCUGGGUCUUCUUGCGCGCUUCGCAGCCAAUGAACCGUCCAAUCCUAUCUUGUCUCCACCUUUAGCCACCGUUCAUUUGGAUGAAAAACAAAUGGAGGAUAAAGAAAAUCUAAUGGGUACAGAGUCUGAGGAAACAGAAUCGGAAAUGGAAGAAAAUGAUCAAGCCAUGUCUUUACUUGACCGAAAAUUCACGAACUCCAAGAAAGUAGGGAAUUCUAAACUGGCCGUAGAUACGAUGGACGUGGACACUAUUCUUGUUCAGUCAGAAAGUGAAAAAAUAAUGGACCAAGCACAGAAAUUAAAUAAAACUAAGCCAACAAAAGACCACAUCCAAGAAUAUGAAGCAGAAGUAAGCGAUGACGACCUCUGGAGUCGGCGCAGAAGCGAACGGAUCUUUCUCCAUGGGGCGAUCACUUCUCCAUCCGCAUUGACUGAUGUCACCACAAGUAAAACCUCUGUGUCUAAAACUGUUCGCUACAGCAAGAUGACAAGUCCCAAGAAGGGAAGGGAACCAAGAGAUAACUGUAAGAAGAAAAACUUUAAGGAGACUUCCAUCUUGGCCUCCUCAGAUACAGGUGGUUCUAUGUCUCAGAAUCAGCUCGGUGGAAACAACUCCAUGUCUUAUAGUCCAAAAAAUAAACUGAAGCUGAAGCCUAAAGGUUUGAAAGAAGAGACUAAGUGUGGAGCUGUCAGCAAGCUGAUGGAGAGUAUGGCUGCUGAAGAAGACUUUGAACCUAGUCAGGACAGCAGUUUCUCGGAGGAUGAGAAUUUUUCCCUUCCUGUGAACCCAGAAAGACCGCUUACACCAGCACCUCGUUCUUGUAUAAUUGACAAGGAUGAAUUAAAAGAUGGCCUCCGCGUUCUGAUUCCAAUGGAUGACAAACUACUGUAUGCGGGCCAUGUACAAACCGUUCACUCCCCAGAUAUAUAUCGUGUGAUUAUAGAGGGCGAGCGAGGAAACCGUCCGCAUAUCUACAGCCAGGAGCAACUUCUACAAGAAGCUAUCAUAGAUGUAAGGCCGCCCUCUGUCCGCUAUCUUUCUGAAGGAACAAGAAUUGCAGCGUACUGGAGUCAGCAAUAUCGCUGUUUGUAUCCAGGCACCAUCGUGCAAGGAAAUUUAGAUGAGGAUGACGAUACGGAUCUUGUGUCUGUAGAGUUUGAUGAUGGUGAUACCGGGCGAAUUCCAUUGUCUCAUAUCAGGCUGUUACCUCCAGAUUAUACAAUACAGUGUGCAGAACCUUCGCCUGCUUUGUUGGUGCCUAGUGUGAAAAGAAAAAUUCGUAAGCCAAGCAAAGAGAAAAAUGGUGUAAAGGAAGACUGUAAACCUGUUUGUGAAGAAAUUAUAGUAAACAGAAAACCCAGGGGGCGUAAACCGAGUAUCAAGCAGAUUUCAGAAGAAGUAUCGGCACAAGAAAAGACAAAAGAAGAGACUGUGGAGACAGCUAACGCUAUUGAUGACAACCACGUGGAUGUGACAUAUGCAAACAAAAUAACAGAUCGAGAUAGUAGUCAAACUGAGUCAGAGGUGUCUACAUCCGCAAAUGUAAGAAAGCAGCAAACACUGACAAUUACAAAAAAACUUUACCCUAAUCCCCCUUUUAGAAAUGCGGGAAGUGGGGAUCUAUAUGGUGAACCAGCUGAUAAUGGAAUCAACCAAACUACCUUAAAAAGGAAAAUAAAAGAAAAGCCGAGACAGAAGCAAGAAGAAAAGAAAGAGUCUAUGCCAAUGGAUGACGUUUUUCGGAAAAAUGAUGGACAGCUGAUGGUAAAAUUGGACCAUGAAGGUGUUAUGUCUCCAAAGACUAAGGAAACGAAAGAGGCAAUGCUGAGACUUGAAUCUUCUAAGAAUACAGGAAGGAAAGUUCGCAAGAAAACUACUGGUGGAUGUUACUCUAAGAGAGGUCCCAGCAGGCAGAAAGAGAAACGUUCUGGACUGAAGUCUGAGACUAGCGAGACGUUUUAUAGCUCUGACUCAAUGAAACUUGCAGGCAAUGCCUCAAAAAUAAUUUCUAAACAGAAACAGGGAAGGAAAAAAAAUGAAGGUCAGACAGAGACCAACAACAGCACUUCAGAGUCAGAGGAAGAUGUGGAGACGAAGGAAAGGAAGAACAAAGCACAACACGGUUCUAAUAGUUCAAGAUCUUCAAAAUCUAAGUCUUCAGCCUCUACCAGCAGCAGUAGCAGCAGCUCUUCUUCUUCUUCUGGUUCAUCAUCUUCUUCCUCUUCGUCCUCAUCUUCCUCACAUUCUUCAUCCUCAACAUCUUCCUCUUCUAGUUCCAGCUCCUCCUCGUCAUCUUCUUCCUUAACAGAUGAUGCCUCCUCAAGCAGCUCAGAAGAUGAUGCUCCAAAUGUUGCUUCCAUCCCUACAGACACUCAAAAGAAGCUGCGCAAAUGUGUGAAAUCUUGCAGUACAACGAAGCCUAUGAUGCAGGUUAAACAACAAAAGCAAGAGCAGCAAAGAGGCAGUAAAUGCAAACCAAAAAAGAGAGAGGGCAUUCAUCUGCCUACAACCAAGGAACUAGCCAAAAGGCAAAGGCUACCUUCUGUGGAGAAUAGGCCAAAAAUUGCUGCGUUCCUGCAUGCCAGACAGCUCUGGAAGUGGUUUGGUAAACCUACACAGAGAAGAGGAAUGAAAGGUAAAGCCCGAAAGCUAUUUUACAAAGCAAUUGUCCGUGGAAAAGAAAUAAUACGGAUUGGAGACUGCGCAGUGUUCUUGUCAGCAGGACGCCCAAAUUUACCAUACAUUGGAUGCAUUCAGAGCAUGUGGGAGUCCUGGGGAAACAACAUGGUUGUGAGAGUCAAAUGGUUUUACCAUCCAGAGGAGACCAGUCCAGGAAAGAAGCUUAAUGAGCCCAGGAAUUGGGAUCCGCAACUAAGUAAAAAUAGAACGCCUUGUCUGCAGAUCUCCGUCCAGAGGAAAGAUUUUAUGGAGCGUGCUUUGUACCAGUCCUCGCAUGUGGAUGAAAACGAUGUGCAGACUGUUUCUCACAAGUGUCUGGUUGUAGCUCUCGAUCAGUAUGAACAGAUGCUAAAGAGAAAGAAGUAUCAGGACAGCGAAGAUCUCUACUACCUGGCAGGGACCUAUGAACCGACCACAGGAAUGAUCUUCAAUACCGAUGGAGUACCCGUUAUCUGCUAAAUACACUCAGAUCCGAAGCAAACUGUCUGACAAUCAUUGAUACACUAUAUAUAGUUAAUAAUGAGAGCAGGCUUUGUUAUAACCUGCUAUAAAACAAAGUAACACUAUAAAAUCUUUACAAAAGGAAAUAUGUUUAGGAGAGAAAAAAGAAAAUCAAUGUUUUAAAAAAAAAUAUUUCACCCUGCUAAGAGUCAGCGUUGAAAAUUUAAUUUUUUAAUUUUGUUUAUAAAUGCAAUGCAGUAUUCAUUAGAAGUCCGAUAUCCUUUAUAUUUUCUAGAAUUCAUCAGUAGCAAAUAUGUAUUAAAUGGAAAUAUAUGUAAAUACAGUAGAACGACACUUUAGAAAAGCUGCGGGAGUGCCUAACAGAAUAAUAUAAAGGAAUACAUUUCUGCAAGCAUAACUGUGUUAACUAUAAGCAAACAUGAAGCACUUAAGGCAAUGUAUAAGCUGAAUAUAUAUGUAUAUAUACAACUCCUAUUCCAAAAAAGUUGGGGCACCGUGUAAAAUGUAAAUAAGAACAGAAUUCAGAGAUCUGCAAAUCUCAUAGUUAGACCCAUAUUUGAUUCACAUAUCAGAUGUUGAAAGUGAGACAUUUCAUGAAAAAAAUUAACUCCUUUUGAUCUUGAUGGCAACAAAGCAUCCCAAAAAAUUGGGACUGAGGCAACAAAAAGGUUGAAAAGUAAGUGGUACUAAUAAAAAUAAACAGCUGGAAGAGCAACUUGCAGAGGAAGAAUUUUUCAGAAGCAAAGAUGGGCAGAGGUUCACCAACCUAUG